AUGAAAAAAACUCUUUUAAUAAUUUUAAUUUUAAUUUCUAUAAUUUUUAUAAAUAAUUGUAUUGCAGGAACAUGUGGAAAUGGCUGUUUAAAUGGUGGUACCUGUAAUUCAAAUAACCAAUGUACAUGCACUAAUCAAUGGACUGGAAAUGAUUGCUCAACUAAAAAAAUCCAAGUUUAUUCAAUUUUCCCAUCAUACACUGACGGUGGUGAAGUGAUUUUCUAUGGUUGGUUCACAGCAAAUUCUCCAAUUUCUAUCUUAAUUGGAAGUCAAACUUGUACUCCAACCCUUGUUACUACUGAUCAAAUUAAAUGUAAUAUUGGUGCUGGUAUGGUGUAAAGGAUAUUUCAAUCACUCAAGCUGGUUAUACUUGGUUUUCUCCAAACUCCUAUGAAUAUGUUAUUAGACCAACCACUCCUGCAAAUUGUCCAACAAAUUGCUCAAAUAGAGGUUAUUGUGGUGCUGGUCGUUGUGUUUGUGACUUUGGUUAUUGGGGUGACAAUUGUCAACUUGGAAAUGGUUAUCAAUAA